CAGCCUGCAGGGUCCCUCUGGUGCGGCGGCGAGGGGCUGAGUGGCCAAGCGGCGGAUGCUGGGGUUGGUGAUUCAGAUGACAGGAAACCAGACGCUGGCUGGCGGAGCCCAGGGGGAACCAGCUCCAGCCGCGCUGGCUGCGGCCGUGAGCGGCAGCGGGAGAUGGGACCCGGGCAGGAGAGCGGCUGAGCCUGUGGCUGAGGCUGGAUGUGGCCAGGCCAUGGCACAGAUGGAGCUGCUGUGGGCAGCUGUCCUGCUGAUGCUGCUUGGGGCUGCCAUCAGCCUCUGUGUCAAGUGCCAGCUCUUUGCUACCAAGCAAGAGAAGCAGCUGAGCAAGCAGAGGAGCCAGCUGGAAAGCCAGCGGAGAUUUGAGGUGAUUCGAAACCACUCCAGUGCAACCCGAAGGCUGGAACAAAUUAAGGAACCUGAAAAGUUAUCAAUAGCAAGGAAAACCACAAAGGAGUUCAAUGCCUCCUGCCAUGCUGGAUAUGGGACCAAGAGCAAGUCCAGGUACCAGAAUUUCCUGGCAGAGGACCAGCUGCAAGGGGAUGCUGCCUACGUGGAGCCCAUAGCUCUGGAUUACUACAACUGUGUCAGGUUCUUCACCCCACCCUACGAGAAAGAGGAUGAUUCCCAUUCCUAUCAGAACGUCAUCAUUGGAGUGUCUCGUGGCUCUGAUCCAGUCACAGAUGAUGCUGAGGACUAUGAGAACAGCACAGCCAUACACACAUGGAAACUGCAGCAAGCAGAAGCUCUGCAGGCAGAAAGCUCGGAUGAGGAGCCAGAUUACGUCAACACAGCCCCUGUGGCAGGCCCUGCCCCUCUGUCAAAGCAAAGUGUUCUCCACAAAGUCUGACAAAGUCCUUUGAGCUGCAGGAGCACACUCAGCAAGCACACGGGGAGAGUGAAUGCUUCGAUCCCUCAGUGAAACCUCUUCUCCAAAGUGAGCCCAAGAUCAUACAGAAGGGCUGCUGCUGAAAGCAAGGAAUACUCUGCUUCAAGUGCCACAGAAGUUCAGCUGCAAACCUGCACCUGGGGAAAGGCCUCUGCCCAGCAGUGCCCAGGGGCAAGCCAAGAGCUUGCCAUCCUCCUCCUCACCUUCCUCUACACGUACUGCAGGGCCACUGGCCAGCCUGUGUGGUGUUUUCUCCAGUCAAGCAUGAAAUGAAUCUUUACAUUGCUGAGCAGUAAUGCAGCCAGCUACUUAAUUUGUCAGUGUGAGUCAUGCAUGAUGGCACUAGAAGGCAGGGAUUAUGCUCUAGUUUAGUCUCUGUGCCCUCCUACAGAAGCAGUUUCCUCGGAGAGGAACUGGCAAGGCAGAGGUUGCUUUUACAACAGCAGUGGUUCUCUGGAACUAAAUGAGAUCCCAACCCAUUCACAAAGGCUAGAGAGGAUUAAAUCCCCUCCUUAUGCACAGCUUGUAAUUCACAAUAACCUGUCUGUGGCAGCUCUCCUUGUGUUUUGGUAUCCCUUUUGCAAUGAUACAAAGGUCCUGCAACCACUGAGAAGAUCCAACACAGAGCUGCCAGACUCAGAAACUGCACCACUGACUGUUGCUCUGGUGGACACCAGCCCUGAAAUGAAACCCUUGUCUCUUGAGCCCUGAUAUGCAGCUUUGGCACCAAUGUAGCCCUUAUUUAUUAAAAUUGAGAAGCAUCCAAA